UUCCUGUCGGCCAUUCGUCGUGACAAAAUUCACAAAAUCAUUGUAAUGAAAUAGAAAUUUGAAGUCAGCCGUUAAUUCUCAUCAUUUAUUGUAUUGUGGCUGUUUGACUGUGUUUAGUUCUGUGUUGGAGCAGUAUGCCGGGGAAGACCUCAGACUGCCCACACGUUCCACUGAUCACAACUAUUUCAUGGGAAGAAAUAAAAGAGAAGCAGAAGGGUCAAACAUGCCAGAUUUGUGAAGUUGCUGCCCCUGACCUCUGGCUUUGUAUCGUUAGCACGUGUAAACACAUCGGCUGUGGCCAUGCAGUGAAGGAUCACAGUUUUACACACACUCAGCAAACAAAACACUGCUUAGCAAUCAACAUAACUACGCUAAGAAUCUGGUGCAGUAUAUGUGAGACGGAAGUUCACCCACACAGCAACAACCCUCAGUGCAUAAUACCGGAAACCAGAAUGGCGUCUGCUCUGAAAUCCAGUGGAUCCACUGACAGUUCCCCUCACCGCAGCUUUUCAGGAGGAGAUGACUCUGAAUCCGAUUUGGAUGAUGAAAACUCCAGGCCUAGAGGUUUGACCGGUCUACAGAACCUGGGAAACACGUGUUACAUGAAUGCUGCUUUACAGUCACUCUCUAACUGCCCCCCUCUAACAAGAUUUUUCCUUGAUUGUUCUGGGUAUGUAAGGCCUGACAAGAAUCCGAUGCUGUCUAGAAGUUACCACCGACUGGUUUCAGAACUCUGGCACAAGAAAAGACCAAGCUAUGUGGUACCAAGUGGAGUCGUCAGUGGUAUGAAGUGUGUACAUUCCAUGUUCAAGGGUUACACUCAACAGGAUACGCAAGAAUUUCUCCGCUGUUUUAUGGACCAACUUCAUGAGGAACUGAAGCAGCCUGUUGCUGAAAUUAAAGAUGACAAUGGUGAUGAAAAAUCAACUCGUCGAUCAUGACUCGCAGAAUCCUGUGGUCAUGAUAGGCAGCCAUCUAUAGACUCCUGCAGCAGCAGUAGCCAAUCAGACUUUGAUUACGAAACAUGCGACUCAGGGCUCAGUAGUGAAAAAAGUUCCGCUCACAAUUUGUCUGGUGAUGAGGACAAAGACAUCAGUGAACAAAUGAGACUCAACCCACAGUCAUUAAAUGAGAACCGAUCGAAUCUGUCAAGAUCCGGGUGUUAUGACAACGUAACGAACUCUGUGCCUAACACGAAAGACAUGAAAGAGACUGCUAACCUGCUUUGUAAGCAGAGUGUGGAUAGUGGAAUCAGUAUGAAGUGUGGACCUUCGGGAGAUCAUGUGGCAAAGGCUGAAACUGGUGAAUUUUCAGAUGCUCUUACCGAUAUUGGUGCAUCAAACCAAAAAUCAAAAGUGUCGUCAGGAAAUAUUUCUCUAUCAAGUCCAGCAGUUACAGAGUGUAGAAGCUCUUCACCUAAACAAACUGUGAUAAAUAAAUCAACUUCAAGAAUGACUCACGGUGCCAAAGGAACUAUACCAAAUGCUCAGUAUCGAAGUGUAAUAUCUGACAUAUUUGAUGGGAAAAUUCUUAGCUCUGUGAUGUGUCUUACUUGUGAACGGGUUUCAACUACGAAGGAGACGUUCCAGGAUCUAAGCCUGCCGAUUCCCAGCAAGGAAUACCUGCAUGUGCUGCACUCGAACCAACACUCGACACCAGGGGCCACUAAAGGGGGGUCAUGUGGGGAGGCUCACCAGGGCUGGUUGGGAUGGAUGUUUUCCUGGAUGAGAAGCUGGUUUAUGGGUCCAACGAUAACACUGCAGGACUGUCUGUCGGCUUUCUUCUCUGCUGAUGAGUUAAAAGGAGAUAACAUGUACAGCUGUGAAAAAUGUAAAAAAUUAAGAAAUGGGUUGAAAUACUCAAAAGUUCUGGAGUUACCUGAGAUCCUCUGUAUUCAUCUGAAACGCUUUCGUCAUGAGUUCUAUUCUUCAAAGAUUGGGACUUACGUGGCAUUCCCAUUAGAAGGACUUGAUAUGAAAUCAUAUCUACAUAAAGACUGCAAGUCUGAGGUAAUGAUCUAUAAUCUUGUGGCAGUGAUAUGUCACCAUGGAACAGCUGGUGGAGGACACUACACUGCCUAUUGCCUGAACUACUUCAACGAACAGUGGUAUGAGUUUGAUGAUCAGUACGUCACUGAGGUUGAUGUCCAGCAAGUAAUCAACUGUGAGGCGUAUGUGUUAUUCUACAGAAAGGGGAAUGAAAAAAUGCAUUGUAUAAGACAGCAAGCCAUGGAAUUAAUGGAUGAGAAAGAGCCAAGUUUAAUGCAGUUUUUUGUGUCCAAGGAAUGGAUUAAUAAGUUCAACACAUUCUCAGAACCGGGACCAAUCACAAACCAUGAUUUUCUUUGCCCACAUGGAGGAGUUCCUCCAAAUAAGGUUAAUCACAUUAAUGAUCUUGUUCAGUGUCUGAGACAGCCUGUUUGGGAUUAUCUUUACAACAGGUAUGGGGGAGGCCCAGCAUGUAACCACUUGUACGCCUGCGAUGUUUGCCAAUCUCAGCUGAACCAGCUGCGACACAGACAGAAAACUGAGAUAGAGACUUUUAUAAAGCUAAACGAUGAGUUCCAAGCUGAAGAACAUGCUCCUGUAAUCUACGCUAUCAGCAUGUCCUGGUUCAAACAGUGGGAAGGUUUUGUGCGCCUUAAAUACGACAAUCCACCUGGUGAGAUAGAUAACAGCAACAUUGCCGUUAUCAAGGGCGGACAGCCGCAAGUGAAACAGUCGUCAGACUAUGGCCAGCUGUCAAAAGAGAUGUGGCAGUUUCUGCACAACAUCUACGGAGGUGGCCCCGAGCUUAUUCUCCGUCAGAGUCUCGCUCAUGUGGCAGGCAAGACUCCGAGUGCUGCCGUAAUGGCUGGAGCCGUCUCCACGACAACAUCAGCCGAACGACCAAACAGCAGUCCCAGCACUGAGAAACCGGACAGUGCUGCUGAAAAAGCAUCUUUGUCGGAGUCAGGAAUUGGAAGUAGUGCUUCCGAUGUUUCUGAAAAAAUGACCAAUGAAAAAGCUAUGGAUAGCAGUUCAACCUGUGACACAUCUGCCUGUCAAAGUGUUGCUGGUAGCUCAAGUUCUGUCGUGGAAAAAGAAAAACAGCAGUAGGCUGUUAAGAAGUGUUUUGUAAAGUGUCAAGAUUCUUCUUCUUUUUUAAAUAUGCGUUGAUUUGCUGUAAUCUGACUAUUCAUUUCAGUUAUCGUUUGUUGGGCAACUUUUUCACAAGCUGUUGGAUGGAUAACAGCAAAUUUCAACAUUUGUUAAAAGAUGGUGUUACUCUUUGCACUGUGAACUACAUAAAAACUUAUAUAAAUUAUCUUUCUAAAAUUCUGGCAUGAUUUUUUUUUUAAACCAAUGAUUUCAGGUAUUGAAAAUUACAGCUCUUUCAAAUUUCAGAUUAUAUCCAGUGAUGAGAAUUUUAUGUGGAAUUCCAUGGAUUUUGUAUCCCUUGGGGUCAGUCUCAGGAAUCAUCUUUAAGUCUGAUGAGAAAGUUGUUUUCGGGGCGUUCUCAUUGUGGGAUUAGUUGUACCGACUUGUCGCAUGCGACGGAAUUGUACUGAGAGAACACCCAAAUCGGAACGACAUUAGUUGUAUACAACAAGUUGUGUUGGAAUCGUACUGAGAGAACACCCAAAUCGGAACGACAUUAGUUGUAUACAACAAGUCGUGUCGGAAUCGUACUGAUUAGAACAUGUUUCUCACGACAAAUAGUAAGCUCUCGGUCAAUCAAAUCUCAUUAAAGUACAAGCCAUUUAGUUUUAUCACUUCCGUGUUUUUUCAUUUGCUUAUAAAUAUGUAAAAAUGUCCGGAUUUCAUGGCUCCAUUUAUUGUCCAGAUAUGGUCAAUAAUUGUUUUGGUACAUAAUGUAAUCAUGUUUUUCUUUAUCUCAGUGGAAAUUUGUAGGCACUUACAUUUCCUGUAAAAUAUUUUUAAACUGACGAGCUUUGUUUGACGUCAUCAAAUGUUAUGACGUAAUGUCUUCCCACACACACAAUUCAAGUGGCUAUGACAAAUCAGUGCGACAAAUCGCAUAAUGAGAACACUGCUUUAGAGAGGGGUUGAGAUGUAUUACAAAUUUUAACAUCUGUCAUCAACAAAUAAUUAUAAACAUAAUUUAAACAUCUGUUAUUUCUGUAAUAUUUGUUUACUGUGCAUCAGGGAUACAGCUGGUAGUUUCUCCAAAAGUCGUUGCGAUUUCAGUGUUCACAUAUUACCCUUUAAAGUUGUUACUACAAAAAUUGUAACAUAAUGUCUUUACAUCAUUUUUCUGUAUUUAGAAUCAAUUUAAAUAAUAUAAAAAAUUCAGCAUUCCAUUGUUUGUUUUGCUAUUAGAUGAAAAAAAUAGAAGACAAAAAUCUUAUUUAAAUUAUUGUAAUUAUAUGUUGACAUUUGACUCAUGAAUUUUACCCAAGACAUAUCUGAACAUUUGACUCGUUAAUGUUAUGUAAGACGGUUCUAGCCAUUUGUUUGUAAUUAAUUAAUUUAAUUCAAAUCCAUUCAUCAAUAUGAGUGCGAAAUAUGCACAUGUUCAUGUGGUUCAGUAACAGUAAAUGAGAAGACUAGAACAAUUGUGGAUCACAGUUAAUGGGGGGAUUUUUCUUUGUAUAACAUAAUAUAAACACAAGUACAGUGAAACCUGUAUAAACCAAACCCUGAACAAACCAGAAUUCUGUCAAAACCAGCCAAGUUUCAUUGUCCCAAAUUUUCUAAUUCUAAAAUGCGGACCCUAUAAACACUGGAUUCUGUCUAAAUUGAAUAAAUAUUCGGUCCCUCGUUUGAUCCAGUUUAGACAGGUUUCACUAUACAUACAAAACUGAAAAAUUAUCUUUGAAUUAUUGAGCAUUGAAGCAAGUUAAUUUGAAUAGCUGCAAACUCAGGAUAGGGUCUUUGUGACAAAUUAAUACUUGGUUACUAAUGUUGAUGCUAAUGACUGUUACUUUUAUUCAUGCUUUUUCACCGUUGUUUCAUUAGGCCCAGUAUGAUUUAUGUGAUUAUUUUCUCGGUUAUAAUUCUAAUCCUUUUGAUUGUUUUUAUAUUCUUUUAUCCUUUAUUUAUAUUACUAUUCUUUUUGUUAAUUAUCUUUUAAAAUUUUAUUUAAAACAUAUUUUUUGUUUUACUAUGUAAAUUGCAAAUUGCUCAGUAAGUUUAACAAAUCAUGUUUUUCAUAUUGUUAAUGCAUAACCUUUAGCAAACCAUUGUGUUUUGUCAUUUUGUAGGGACAUUGGCUCCUGAACAUUUAGUUUUUUCCUUAUUUGAAUUUUUUUUUAAUUAUUAUUAUUACUUUUUUUUUUUUUGAGCAAUUUGCUGACGUUUGUAUGUAUUGUAAUUCUUUCAUCAUAACCAAUCAAUGGAUGUGUUCUGAGUACUACUGGAGAUCAUAAAGUGGCGGUGCAUGUAGUAUGUAAUUGCAAAACUUCAAAAAACUCCUGUGUCUGUACGGAUACUGAUUUAUUACACCAGUAACUAUGUAACGCCUCUCGCAAUCUUUUAAAUUAAAACCGCAAGGCUCAAUGGGUAGGUGUAAACCACUUGCACCGACCAGUGAUCCAUAACUGGUUAAACAAUUCAACAAAGGCCAUGGUUUGUGCUAUCCUGCCUUGCUGCUAA